AUGCCGACCGCCAUCAAUGCAGCGGUGGCUCAGCAGACAGCUGCCGGGUCAGUUCCCAGCACUACCAGCGCUACAACCGAAGGUACAGGGGGAGGCACAGGAGGGAUUUAUUCUGCCAUUAUAAGUCGCAACCAGCCCAUUAUCAAGGUAAAGGAAAAGACCUAUGAAGAGCUUCACAAGAAGUGCCUGGAAAAAAACAUUCUCUAUGAGGAUCCUGAUUUCCCACCCAAUGAGUCUUCCCUCUUCUACAGCCAGAAAGUCCCCAUCAAGUUUGAAUGGAAAAGACCACGUGAAAUUUGUGAGAAUCCACGAUUUAUUAUUGGCGGAGCCAACAGAACAGAUAUCUGCCAAGGAGAAUUAGGCGAUUGCUGGUUCCUGGCUGCCAUUGCUUGCCUGACACUGAAUAAAAAACUGCUCUGCAGAGUCAUACCUCACGACCAGUCCUUCAUACAGAACUAUGCUGGCAUCUUUCAUUUCCAGUUUUGGCGCUACGGAGACUGGGUGGAUGUCAUCAUUGAUGACUGCCUACCCACAUACAACAACCAGCUGGUCUUCACCAAAUCCUCCCAGCGCAAUGAAUUUUGGAGUGCUCUCCUGGAAAAGGCCUAUGCAAAACUGCAUGGGUCCUAUGAAGCUUUGAAAGGAGGCAACACCACAGAGGCCAUGGAGGACUUCACUGGAGGGGUGACAGAGUUCUAUGAGAUAAAGGAUGCUCCUAAAGAUAUCUAUAAAAUCAUGAAACAUGCCAUUGCCAGAGGAUCCCUCAUGGCCAGCUCCAUUGAUGAUAACCUAGGCUUUUCCUAUGGAGCAGCUCCUCGAAGUGACAUUGGAGAACUGAUUGCUCGAAUGGUGAAGAACCUAGAAAAUGCACAGAUGACUCACCCCACUGUGGACUACCAGGGGACAGAUGAAAGGCCAGCCUGGACUAUAAUGCCAAUGCAGUAUGAAACCCGGAUGUCUUGUGGGCUGGUCAAAGGUCAUGCAUACUCUGUCACAGCUGUGGAAGAGACAACAUUUAAAGGGGAAAAGAUACGUCUGAUAAGGCUGAGAAACCCGUGGGGACAGGUGGAAUGGAAUGGACCUUGGAGUGAUAAAUCAGAAGAGUGGAACUUCAUUAAUGAAGAAGAGAAAAUCCGCCUGCAACACAAGAUUGUGGAAGAUGGGGAAUUCUGGAUAUCAUUUGAAGAUUUCAUGAGGCAUUUCACAAAACUUGAAAUCUGCAACCUCACACCUGAUACUCUGGAAGCUGAUAAGCUUCAGACCUGGACUGUGUCAGUCAAUGAAGGGCGCUGGGUGAGAGGCUGCUCAGCUGGAGGGUGUCGCAAUUAUCCAGAUACAUUUUGGACCAAUCCCCAGUAUCGUCUGAAACUCCUAGAGGAAGAUGAUGAUCCCGAAGAUGAAGAGGUUAUCUGCAGCUUCCUGGUAGCACUGAUGCAGAAAAACAGGAGGAAAGAACGCAAGCUGGGAGCCAACCUCUACACCAUUGGCUUUGCCAUCUAUGAGGUACCCAAAGAGAUGCACGGUACUAAGCACCACUUGCAAAAGGAUUUUUUCCUCUACAAUGCUUCCAAAGCUAGAAGUAAGACCUAUAUAAACAUGCGAGAAAUCUCUGAGCGCUUCCGGCUGCCUCCCAGCGAGUAUGUCAUCAUCCCAUCCACAUAUGAUCCUCACCAGGAGGGAGAAUUCAUCCUGAGGGUUUUCUCAGAGAAAAGAAGUCUUUCAGAGGAGGUUGAAAACAUGAUUGAGGCGGAUCGCCCAUCGCGUUCUUCAGCAAAAGCUCGUGAGAAGAGUGAAGAGGAAACACAGUUCAGGAAUAUUUUCCGACAGAUCGCAGGGGAUGACAUGGAGAUCAAUGCUGAAGAACUCAGGAAUGUUCUCAACAACGUUGUUAAAAAACACAAGGACCUAAAGACAGAAGGAUUUGAACUAGAAUCCUGCCGCAGCAUGAUUGCUUUGAUGGACACAGACGGCUCAGGAAAGAUCAACUUUGAUGAGUUCCGGCACCUCUGGGACAAGAUCAAAAGCUGGCAGAAAAUCUUCAAGCGUUACGAUUCAGACCAUUCAGGAACCAUUAACAGCUAUGAGAUGCGCAAUGCAGUCAAUGAUGCAGGGUUUCGGCUGAACAACCAGCUCUACGACAUCAUCACAAUGCGAUAUGCUGACAAGAACAUGAACAUCGACUUUGACAGCUUCAUCUGCUGCUUUGUGAGACUGGACGCUAUGUUCAGGGCAUUCCAUGCCUUCGAUAAAGAUGGAGAUGGAAUCAUAAAGCUCAACGUCCUGGAGUGGCUGCAGCUCACCAUGUACGCCUAAUACCGGAGCCUUCAUCAAGGACCCGCUCCAGGUUGCUGUUUGAAGUAAUGAACUCCAUCCAUCCCCAAUUACAAACGAGUAUUUUGCAAGAUACGUGAUUUUGCUCACCAAGAUAAAAUGUGCGUGAAAGAAUAAAAAGACAGCUGUGCUCCAGCAAGCAAAUCGGCGCUCAUUCCCUGUACCUACUUAUGUAGUAUCUCCGGGACAUUUACUUUCAACAGCAAGGACUGAUUUAUUGAUGACUGCAUUUAGGUCUCUCUGCAUGUUUAAAACACAGAGCACGCAUUGUUACUGUUUAUACUGACACUUGGAAGCGCCAUCCCUGAAGUCAGUACAGAUCAGGCAAAACUGAGUCUGGAUCUGGAUCUGAACUGUGGAAGUCAGAGGUGUCUCCUACCACCCUGCAAUCAGUCUUUGUUAAUAAUUUAUUUUAAGAGGUGUUUUAGCAGAAUCGUACAUACUUUACCCCAGUGCUGCCACUUUAGGAAGAUUAUUAGCAUACUUAUUGAUUAAUAAUAAUAAUUAUGCUAAUAAUUAUUAAUUAUUAGCAUAAUUAAUUGAAAAUAAAUCAACUGAGUUUUAAUGUUGACCUUUAGGGUGUAAUUUCUGAAGGAACAAAGGGGAAUGAAUGCUGAGCACCGUCCCACCAUUCUUCAGGAUCUAGAGCAGCUGGUAUAGUUUUAUCACAAGCAUGAAAUCAGCAUGAGACUUCAAACGUCAGCUAACUUCAAAUGCACUGGCAAAGCAUGUGAGCUUGACAGGCUUCCAGAACUGGUCAAUCAGUGAUCAGCACAAAAAUGGAUAGAAAAACCAGUAUGUGCACAGAGAGGGCAUGGAGGCCAGACUUUAUCAGGAGAACUUCUACUGAGAGCAAAGUCUCUGUCUCAGGUGUGUGGUCACAGGGCAACAAAGGAUGACUGACCUCUUAGUUCCCCGGGGCCAAGAAAGCAAUCUGCUACAGCAAAACUGAAACAACAAAUCUUGGCAUCUACCCAACAUCAUUCUGAUAAUUCAUACAUUUAACUGCGGGAUCACUAAGAGACAGAUAAACCUUUGACUAUAAAGUUCUUAAUAAUAUUGUCUUGCACUGUAACUUCCUCUGAAAGAGUAAGAAAAUAAUAGUUUAUGUAAUGAGUUAUCCUUUAAACUCAGCUUUUGUUUUAACCCAACCUAAGUCUCUAUGAUGACUGGAACACUAGGAGCCCUGGGUUCCAGCAAUGUGUUAUCUCCACUGAGCUGUUAUUUUCCAUACAAAGCCAUAGCAGAAGCUCUUGGUUGGGGUCUUCACAGAAAAACUAUCUGUCAGAAGAUCUGGAUUUUUUGACUAGCAAUCAAAACCAGCCCUUAACCUCCCAAUGAGUGGAAAACAAACAGCUCUCUAGAACUUCCCUUUGCAAUAAGCCAUGAAGCAAGGCUGUCUCAGUGCAUCAUCUUGGACGCCUCAGUUGGGUGGAUGGUUUCCAACUUCCCUAUGAUAUCUUAGACUCCUGCAACAGCCCUCUGUGUCAGCACUGGAGCUUGAAAUAUACAGCUCCAGGACAGCCUGGGUUGACUUCAUCCAACCCCAAAUGGAACGUCAUGUUCUACUGAACCCUGUGAAAGAAUCUUUCUAUUCCACACAAAGAAGAAUCAGGCUGACAAACCAUAAACAAUAUAAAGAACUUUUAUUUUUCUUUUCAGUUUUUUUGUCUGUGUAAAGUUUCAUCAUUGUUACACUCAGCUUCGUACCAAAAUGAAAGAGGAAAAGCAAGGUCAAUCUGUGCAAAUGUUCUACAUAGCUUAAGUCAUUCAAUUCUCAACCAUGUUGUUUUAUUUUUCAUAUUUGCAGCAAAAUGAAACUGGAGGAGCUGGCAGGUGCAUAUGACAGAAUAUAUACCUACAUAGUUUGCUCUUUACUUCCACCAUUAAAUAUUUUGCAAUUAGCACUCGAGACUGUUUCCUUAUCCUUCUUCAUAUGUUCUGCAAUUCUGGACGACUUAAGACUAUGUUUGAAUGACAGUACAUUAAAGGCCUGAAAACCAAGAUUUUAUCUGUACCUACAUUUUAAUUUAAAAGAAGGAAAAAAAAUCUUUCCAGCACCAUGUUUUUGUUUCUGGGAACCUAGAGUUUAUUGUGAGCUUUCAGUCAUUGUUUACCAAGAUUUAGCAUAACUGCAUGGUUUGUAAGUGCGAGGUGAGACCUGUGCUACUUCAGCACAGCACAGAGCUGAACCACUUGGAAGGUCCACAACCCACACACCUUAAGGCAAACAGAAGCUGGGGUAUGUAAUGCAUCCUCAUACCAACAGAUGCAAGUUUUCCCUCUGGCCCUUUCCAGACAGGGAAGCAACAGCAAUAGGCCACGCAGCACCACGCUGUCAGUUAGCUGUUACUUUUCCUAUGAUUUGAAGGAAAAUGGAGCAAAUAAUACAGACCAGUCUUUGCGUUGUUUUUUGAUUCAACAUGUGAGGAUGUCA